GUUUACAAUAGUGUAGUAAAGCCAAGGAAAAACACAAGUAAUAUUACCAAAACCAAAGUGGGGAUCUGGUUUUCUCUUCUAGUCCCCACUGGCAAGUCGGACUUAAGAGAAACUUUCAAUUCAACAGCGGACCCAGUCAGUUUAAGCACUUGUUGCGGCGACAAAACCGGGCGCGCACUCUUGCUGUCACAUUUGAGGAGAAUUUCGUUUUCCUAUUCGUACAUGGAGAAGUGCUUUUAGCUCCUGCGUGUGACAUUAGUGUCUGGACCAUCUCAAGUGAUAUUUGCCACGAUAUCCACGAAAAUGGUGAACAGUGUAGCGAUUUUUGUUAUUCUUUGUUUUGGAACUAUUUUAGCCGAGAGAAAAUUUAGAAAUGCUCCCAUUGCUACAAGCGUAAAAACUGGGGUAAAUUUCGAUUGUCCUGAAGAAUUCGGUUAUUAUCCUCAUCCCAGCGACUGUACUCAAUAUUAUGUUUGCGUGUUUGGUGGAGCUCUUUUGGAGUCCUGCACGGGAGGUCUCAUGUACAGUCACGAACUCCAAACUUGUGACUGGCCGAGAAACGUAGGAUGCGACGGAUUAGACGUCUCAGUAUCUGGCGCUCCAGCUUCCUACUCAUCUUAUAGCCCACCUGCAAGAAGUAAAGACCGAGGCCGAGAAAGAGAAAAGGAUAAAGAGAGAGAAGACACAAGGACAAGAUAUUCUGCUCCUCCACCGCCACCACCGCCACUAGUGCAACCAGCUGCUGUGGUGACAUCUAGAGGACAACCAAGAAACUUACAGCAAACACAGCAAGAGAUAAUCAAGAGAAAACAACAGCAACAACUUUACGUUGAAGCUGAAGAAGCACUACCACCAGCUGAAGAAAUUGAAAGUGAUCGCCAACAACGUGUUUAUCGUGGACAACCUUCGACUAUUGGUCAAGUACAAAGAGACAGAGAUGGCCUAAGACAUUCUAAUGCCAUAUCUAGCUACAGUGGACGAGGCGAGAAAAUUGGUGUAAUUUCAUUCGGAACACAAAACCAACAUUACAGUGAAGAAAAACCUGUUUCCCCACAACAAGCGUCAGUGUCUGCUGUUGCUGCGCCGGCAAGGAACAUUUACAAUGGAAGUCAAUACAGCGACAACCGCUAUGAACCGUAUUAUUCGCUUUAUGAAGAUGACGUUGAAAUAUACAGAGAUGAAUAUCCUGCAAAUGAAAACACUUAUAACAAUGAAAAUUCAGCAUCCACAGCUUAUAGAGGAACAGCACCAGUAUCAACUGUAACUCCAUCUUCCAUACGCAAUGAAAUACCAAGACGAGGAAAUACUGUAUACAUAGAAAACAAUAUCAAUCCCCAAGAUAUCUACCAACAAUCUACUGUUUCGGACUAUAGUGACAACAAUAACAAAUAUGAGACACAGGAUGACCAAAACUCCUAUAAACAAAAUAAUCGUCAACAGUCUUACAGGGGAGACAGGAAUGAAUUGAAUGAUGUGGAAGAAGUUGCCACUAAAAGAACAACAACUAAAAGAACCACAACCACCACUAGAAAACCCUCUACUACAACUAGAGUUACAUCUACCACGACGACAAUUCCUCCUCCAAAGAGUUCACAACCCCCACAGAGAACACCUUCACGGGGACGAGGUUCAGUACAAUACUCUGGUGCGGGUGAUCAAAUAACAAAUAAUGAAGUAAUCGUGACUAACAAUAGGGGUACACCACCAACUCGAUCUAGACCAACUCUAAAACCCUCGACAUCGAUCAUAUCCAAAGCUCAAGAAUUUGUUGAUGUCUAUAAAUAUCCUCCAACUAGACCUGACCCAAUUUAUCCACAACCCCAAGUGGAUAAGACGGCAGCAAAAUGUCGCAAAGAUGUGUGUUUGCUUCCCGACUGUAGCUGUGGUGGAAAGGACAUUCCUGGUGACCUCCCUGUGGAACAAUUACCUCAAAUUGUGUUAUUGACCUUCGACGAUUCGGUUAAUGACUUGAACAAAGGUUUAUACCAAGAUUUGUUCGAAAAAGGCAGAACCAACCCCAAUGGAUGUCCAAUAGCUGCAACUUUCUACGUCUCCCACGAAUGGACUGAUUACAGUCAAGUCCAGAACUUGUAUUCAGAUGGUCACGAACUUGCUUCUCACACAGUAUCUCACAGCUUUGGUGAACAAUUCUCUCAAAAGAAAUGGACUCGAGAAGUAGCUGGCCAAAGAGAAAUCCUUGCUGCAUAUGGUGGUGUUCACCUUGAAGACGUUAGAGGAAUGAGAGCACCGUUUUUAUCGGUCGGAGGAAACAAGAUGUUCAAAAUGUUAUACGACUCCAACUUCACUUAUGACUCUUCUAUGCCUAUCUAUGAGAAUAAACCACCUAGUUGGCCUUACACUUUGGACUACAAGCUUUUCCACGACUGUAUGAUUCCUCCCUGUCCCACCCGCUCUUAUCCUGGUGUAUGGGAGGUACCUAUGGUUAUGUGGCAGGAUCUGAACGGAGGAAGGUGCUCAAUGGGAGACGCUUGCAGUAAUCCACCAGAUGCUGACGGUGUGUUCAAAAUGUUAACGAAGAAUUUUAUGAGGCAUUACACCACUAACAGGGCACCGUUUGGUCUGUUCUAUCACGCUGCUUGGUUUACUCAACCUCAUCACAAAGAAGGAUUUAUUAAUUUCAUAGACAGUAUUUUGGCUAAGAACGACGUAUGGUUCCUUACAAAUUGGCAAGCUAUUCAGUGGGUUAGAGAUCCAACACCCAUGUCAAGACUUGGAUCUUUCCAACCAUUCCAAUGCAAUUACCAGAAUCGACCAAAAAGAUGCAACAAUCCUAAGGUGUGUAAUCUGUGGCACAAAUCUGGUGUAAGAUACAUGAGAACCUGCCAACCCUGUCCAGACAUUUAUCCAUGGACCGGUAACACUGGAAUCCGAAGUAGUAAAAUUGACAACGAUAUUGGAGAUUAGACUAUAAUACCAUGGCAGCAAGCCAUACUUUUACCCACAAUCCAUUAGCCAUCAAUUGUUUUUCGCGAAAAGAAUUUAACGUAUUUAAUCGGUAAAAUGGAAUGCGACAUCGUUAUGUUGAAAUCUCUGGGGUAUGGUCACAUUCUAAACAUAUCGAUGUAACCUGCCAUAUAAAAUAAUUAGUUCUUGUGUUAAUAUCUUUCUUCCGUAAUUAUUUUAACAAACAAAUUCUAGAAGUUGUUUCAUAUUUUUGCCUAAAAAAUUGUUUUAAAUUUUUUUCUCCAAAAUCAAAAAUAUUAAAUAAUUUCCUGCGAAAAUGUGCUUGAAAAUCGGUAAUUAAACAAUUUCGUAGAUUAUAAUAUUUUUAACAAAAUAGCUUCAUCUCUAAGGAUAACAGCACAAUUUUUCCAAAUUAAUAUACUUUUUUGAUGGCAGAUUUUGUCUGUUAUCAUUUCCAAUACUCGACAGUUUUCCAAAAAGACCGCGUGUCUAGGGUUUUUCUCGACAAUCGGACCUCAUUUAUCCUCACUACAUGAAUACCAUUGGAACUUAUUUUUCUUACUCCUACUCCUAAAUUCGACAGUUACAUAAAAAAUUUUAAUAUGAGAAUCAUCAAUGUUUUCUGGGCCCUCAAUUUCUCAUUUCUUUCCAACUUUUCUUUUUUAAAAUCACUUUUUAAGUCUUCCUCCUGAAUUAAGAAGUAGGCAAAUAAAUUAAUAUUUAUGAAUUAAAUGUGCAUAUCCUCUGCGAUGUUUUUUUAAACAAUUAUUGGCUUCCUUAAAACACUCCUUAUAGUGAAUAUCGUACCUAAUUUAUAAAAUUUUGAUGUUGUUAAGGUGUCAAGUAAAAAUCCCCUUCAUACCUCAUCAACAUCUGUAUGUACAUCUAGCUGUAAAUAAGUAGUAAUAAUUUAAUCGAAUAUGUCACUACUACGUUGGAUUAGGAUAAUUAUACAAUUAAUAAAAGGAAAACUUUACACUGCCUAUAUCGUAAAUAGGUUUAAAAAUUGAUGUUGUGAGAUAGAAAUAUUAUUGAACUAUGUAAACGUCAUUUAAAAAUGUAUGUUAAUACUUUUGUAAUUUAUUUUCUGUUUCUAGAAGCAGUGGUUGGUAAAUAUCAACAAAUAAAACAAAAUUAUAUAA